AUGGAACCGCGAUGUCAUUCCUACUUCCUCUUGUUUUGCUGUUUAGCUGAGUCAUUUAAGUCCGCCAACAAUGCAGUUAUUUUCACAAAUCCCGGAUACCCGAAGCCAUACAAAGGAGCCCUGGCUAAGUACUUACUUUACUUUACAUUCCACUUAUUUUUUAAAUUAUUCAAACAAAACGGUGAAGCAGUUGCUGUGCUUUUCUAUCAAUUCCUAGCAAAUCCUGGAGAUUGUGUUACCGUAUGCGAUGCGAACACCGAAUGUCAGAGUCUUUGCGGAGAUGUGAUGGAUCAUUAUAAAACGAAAAAAAUUUUGAUCACAAAUUCUACAACGACCAUAACUAUGCAAUCAACUGCUUCCGCGGAUGGAAAUUAUCAUUCUGGAAUCGCUGCAAAAUCUGUGACAAUUGAUGCCGUAAAACGAUCCUUCUUCGAAUGCAACUCAACUGUGAAUCUUGCUGAUGGGGAGCCAUUUUUUCUCGUUUCACAAAAUUAUCCGAACACUCCCGUUGAGCUCUCUCGAUGUGAGAUCGUGUUCACUGCUACGGAUAUGAUCCGAACAGCUAUAUACGACCUGGUCACUUUGAACAGCGUCACAUUCAAAGGUUUGAAUGAGUCGGGAAACCCCGUGGAGAUCAAUCUAUCAGGCCGACAUGUGACCGACGACGAGCCGGUGGCUUUGUAUUUUUCCAAAUCGCUGCGUGUAUCAUUCACCUUCAGCAAUCGAUCCACAUUCUAUACAAGAGGAUUCUACAUCCUUGUGGAUAGCUUCGCACGUGGAUCCCCGUCGUCAAACGCGUGCGUAAACAACGGUGUUUUGGAAGUCGAAUCCGGAGAGACGAUCCCAUUUGGCAUCGCGGACUUUGGCUCCAGCACCUAUCCACCGAACACAGCCUGCUCGUAUCAUUUCUCCAAUAAACUGGACGGACAUCAACUUGCAAUUAGUAUGGAAUUCGAAACCGAAAAAUGUUGUGAUAUCAUGCACAUCGAUGGUAUUGCACCUCCUCCUUAUAAUCUCUACAAUUAUCAAGGAUUUAUGCAACCAGCAUUUCAAUUUGCAAACAGUAACGUUGUCACGAUGAAUUUCACCUCGGAUGGUGUUGUUGAAGGAGUUGGCUUCAACGGAACCGUAUAUAAUAUCGAUUGCUCAUGCAAAUCUGGUGUUUUUCGUCUGGAUCCACAGAAUACGUUGCUAAAGAUUGGAUCUCCUGGAUUUUUAUCCGGGGCUCCUACUUAUUGUCCAAAUUUAAAUUGUUCUUGGACUGUCACAUUUCCAAACGACUAUGAACUUAUUCUAAAUGUAUCCGCGCUUAAUCUUCGAACAGGCUCCACCGUAGAUCAAUUAAUGGUGGCAGAUAAUUUUGGAAAAAUUUUAUUGAGCUCUAAUUCCACCAUUCUCUUUGGUCCCAGGAUUUUCGUUCUAACAUCCGGUGAAGUCUCAUUCAAAUUUACUUCAUCUGCUACAUCAGCUUUUCCUCCUUCUUUGGAUCAAUCCGGUUUUCUUCUCGACCUAAUGCUUGUCCAAAAGGUUUUUCGAAAAACUACAAUUCAACUCACUGACAAUUACUUUAUGGCGGAUAUUUCAACGAGGUUAUUCGGCGACGGAUUGAAUAUAACGUACGAGUACGUGAUAAGUGCACGUUCUAAUAAACAGGUGUUUAUUUAUUUUUUCACAAUUUUGAAUGGAAUAGCAAAUAUCGAGAUUUAUGAUGGUGGAGAUACAAGCGGAGCGAUGAUAAACACAAGCUUUUUAUUCAACGGUACGAUUUCAACGGACGGAACUCCUCUAUGGCUACGUUCUACCGGAGAGAACCUCUUGGUUCGGGUCCGACCAAACCUAUACAACACUAAAUCCAUGCUGGACUUCCAAGCAAUGGUUACUGACUGGAUACGGGCACCGGAUUGCCCACCCCUGGUAUGGACCACCUCCACUCAAUCGCAUUCAGUCAGAAUUCCACUUUCAGGAUCAAAUUGUCUCAGCAUUCUUCAUGCAACCUACGACUACGAUAGUUCGUCAGGAAUAGUUCUGGAUCUCCAAAGUUCAUCUCAGCUAGGAAUAUAUAAAGGAUUGACCACAAAUGCAUCUCAUCUAUUAAACAGGAAACCCACCUUGGAUUAUCCGAAAUUCAUCUAUGGUGCAUAUGUCGUAAUAUCUUACAAUUCUCCGCAAGACAACACUGUUACAUACUACUGGACCAAAAGAGGUUUUGCGACGACAAUUACAAUGACGCAAAAUGAAUCUGGAAUUAUUAUGUCGGAGGAUUAUUUGCCACAGUAUCCACUAAAUCUACUAAAACAGCAAUUCUCAAUAGAACUGAUAAGCGACAGCGCACAUAUGACCAGUAUCAGGAUUGAAUUCUUGGAACCAACGGGUCAAGGUCAUGGAACCAUACAAAUGCAAUAUUACAACAAAUUACUUGAUGAGAUUUCAUAUCCAACAACUGACAAACGAUCAAUUUUUGAGCAAUGCGGAACAAAAGUGGUCGUAACGUACGUUUCCCCUGGUGGCAUGUCGAAUGGAUUAUACGCGCGUUACAGUCGAGGGUCCCAGAGUUGCAAUGCUUCGUCCCUGACAAGAUAUUCCUUCUUCUUCAUCCUGAUCUCGAUUUUAUUGAUUCUACUAGAUUUUUCUUAG